AUGGGAGCUGCCACUGCUGCUUCUCCCGCAUCGAUAGCAAAAUCUCCGAUAUUCGAAGCCAACAAAGCUGCUCUGAAGGCCCGACUUCAGAGUUUGGAGACGCCGAACGUUCCAGAUUUCGACGGCAAAGGACCUGGUGGCGGCACCCGAGGAAGCGGUGCAAGGACAGCGCAUGGCGGCGGCAGAGGCGGAGGCGGAGGUGUUACAUCAGGUGCCAAGGUGGGCAGGCACACGGUUCCAGGAGCUAGGUCGGGGGCCCCAUCGCCGGCUGUAGCAACACCAGCACUAGCAGCAGUAGCAGCGGAGGCGGCAGGGGGUGGCAAGUACGUGGCGGAGGUGCAUAAGGAGAACAAGCCGCUGGUCCAGGGGGUGGUGCUGGUGCUGGCCUCGGGCUUGAGCAGCGCCAUGAUGAAGGAAAAGCAGGUGGCUCACAACACAACGGAGCUCCUAACAACCAAGUUAAGUCAACGUAACGCCAAGCGAAAGAGAUCCGCGCCGUCCGCCGCCGCCGGUGCCGCCGCCGGCGCAGUGGAAGGCACGGAGGACGGGGGAGGGGAGGAGGACAAGGAGGAAGCAACCGCUGGCGGGUCAGCGGCGGCGACGGCGGCGGUUGCUAGCCUUGCGCCGCCAAAAGGUGCCGCGGUGGAACGGCGAGAGAAAGGCGGUCGGGCUCCGCCGCCGCCGCCGCCGCCGUCGUCGGUGCAGUUGCCUCCAGGUCCCUUCCCGCCCUCGCACUACGUGGCAUCAUUGGACGAGCUUAAACAACAUAACUACCCGUUGCCGUACUUGGAGGAGGAGGAGGAGGAGAAGGAGGGUGAAGAGGGGACGGGGGGAGAGGAACGAGGAGGGGAGGAAGAAGGUGGCGGCGGCGCGCGGAGAGGCCCGCAGAGGCGGCUUGUAUGUCCUCCGGGCUUUGUGGCGACGCGACCUUCGGGUAAUAAGGACCUAAACAGGAUGCGGGCCGAUGCAUAUGGAAAGUAUGUCCUGAACGCGACCGAGGGUCGUUAUGUGCAGACGGGAGCGACUGGAUUCUUGGCCGUGCGCCACAACACCUGCUGUCACGACUUGCAUUGCGGAUUUAGCAGUAAGGACUGCGGACUGCGAACUGCGGAUAGAGGAGCAGCAUCACCAACAUCACCAGCAUGA